CCAAGAGUAUUCCUAAUGACCCUUUCUGAGUCAUCAUCUUCUUUACUGAGGUCGUCCUUGGGAAGCACUGUAGCUCUGGCACUACAUGUAGCUUCCUUAAUAUCAUUCAUUAACAGCACCACAGGUUGCCACCAUCACUACUUCACAUCCAUCUUCAGCUUCGGUGACUCGCUUGCUGAUACCGGAAACUUGUACUUCAGCUCCCAACCACCACCGUUCCAUUAUAGCUUCUUCCCUCCCUUCGGCCAAUCCUACUUCGGUCGUCCCACCGGGAGGUGCUCUGAUGGCCGUCUUAUCGUCGAUUUCAUUGCUGAGUCUCUGGGGAUUCAAUUAUUGAAACCAUAUUUGGGAAUCAAGAAUGGACAAAUACAAAAUUGGACGGUAGAAGAGGGAGUGAAUUUCGCAGUUUCAGGAGCAACAGCUCUGAAUGCAGAUUUCUUUGAAGAAAAGGGUAUUCGUAGUUUGUUCACCAACAAUUCUCUAAGCAUUCAAUUGAGUUGGUUCAAGGAGUUAUUGCUUUCCCUUUGCAAUUCUUAUUCAAGCUGUAAAAAAGUUCUUGAGAAGUCAUUAUUUCUGGUAGGAGAAAUCGGAGGCAAUGACUUUAAUAGACCUCUUCUUGUGCGAAGGAGCCUAGAAGAGAUUACAACAUUCGUGCCUCAUGUGAUUAAUGUAAUCUCAUCAACAAUACGUGAGUUGAUUGAUCUAGGGGCUCAUACCCUAAUGGUUCCAGGAAAUUUUCCGAUAGGAUGCACUCCAUUGUACUUAACAAUGUAUGAGAGCAAAGAUAAGAAUGAUUAUGAUGAAGCUGGUUGCCUGAAAUGGUUAAACAAGUUUACUGAGUACUACAAUGAAAGGCUCCAAGCUGAACUGAAUCAGAUUCAAGUGCUUCAUCCUCAAGCCAAAAUUAUCUAUGCUGAUUAUUACAAUGCUGCUUUGCCAUUAUAUCAUUUUCCUACAAAUUUUGGUUUUUCAGGUCUGAAAGCUUGUUGUGGAAGUGAAGGUCCAUACAAGUUCAAUGCUUCUUCACGAAAAUGUGGGGAACCAGGGGUGAAUGCUUGUGACGAUCCUUCAAAGUACAUUAGCUGGGACGGUAUUCAUAUGACAGAGGCAGCACAUAGAUGGAUUGUCAAAGGUUUAACAAAUGAACACUGCGAUGCUGCUGAAUUUAGUACCUUACGUGGUCUGAUAAAUAAUAAUGUUCAAUUUGAAUGUUUAAUUUAGUUCAAUAGCCUUGUGACUGCUUCAAAUAAUGCUUUACCUUGUCUAGCCAGUUUAAGUUGUGAUGGUUCAUUUUCAUGUUUUUGUUUUCAAAUAAAUCAUUGGAUAUGUAUAUUCAAUAUGAGCAAAUAGUUGAACAUACAUAUCCCUUUACAACAAGGCUAUUUAUUGAUUGACACUUAAAAAAAAAAAAACCACUGUUCGAUAUA